AUGUUCAGACAGUCUGCCGUUGUUCUAAAGAAUCGACUUGGAUUCCAAAGGUCGGUCUUUUGUAAACAACGGGGGGGUCCUUUCUGUACGCAGAUUCUUGCUGAUUAUGGCGCCGAUGUCCUGAAAAUUGAAAAUCCCAAAGGAGGCGACGACACUCGACUUUGGCGUACAGAAGCAGAGAAGAAAAUCUGGAAAUCAGAUCAUGAUGACAUUUCCGCAUAUUUUUGUACAAUCAAUCGAAAUAAGCGGUCAGUCACUUUGAAUCUGAAGGAGGAACAAGGACGGGAGAUUCUGUUGGAGCUUGUGAAGAGUGCGGAUGUGAUCGUGGAUAACUUCAUACCAGGCAAGAUGGAUGAGCUUAGAAUCGGCUAUAAGACUCUUUCUGAAGUCAAUUCAUCCAUUAUUCAUGCGAGUAUUUCUGGCUAUGGUUCAAGUGGCCCGUAUGCUCACCGUGCAGGCUAUGAUGCCAUUGCAGCAGCAGAGGCGGGCUUACUUCAUAUCACUGGCGAAAAAGAUGGCCCCCCAACACGUCCUGGUCUGGGCCUCACGGAUAUGAGCACAGGGCUAUUUCUUCAUGGAGCUAUUCUUGCCGCCCUGGUUUCUCGCCAGAGGACGGGAAAGGGCCAGAAGAUCGAUGGCUCGUUAUUUGAAAGCCAGGUGGCACUGCUCUCCAACGUUGCGAUGUCUUGGCUCAACACUGGAGAGAUCGCUGAGCGCUGGGGUACCGCGCAUCCAAGUAUUGUCCCUUAUCAAGCAUUUAAGACGCAAGACUCCUAUCUUGUACUUGGAGCAACCAAUAAUCGUCAGUUCCGGUCAUUGUGCCAGCUAAUCGACCGUUUAGACCUGGUGUAUGAUCCCCGUUUCUCGCAAAAUGAUGCUAGAGUCGAGAACCGGAAAGAAUUGGGCGGUAUCCUGGAGGAUAUUAUACUGAAAAAAUCUACCAAGGAAUGGAUCUCCAAAUUGGAAGGAAGUGGAUUACCUUAUGGCCCUAUCAACUCGAUUGACCGUGUGUUCUCUCAUCCACAGACAGCAGCAAGACAUAUGGUACACACUCUGCCUUAUGAGCCUGCUGUAUCUGGGCAACUGAAAGUCCUUGGCAGCGCAAUUAAAUUUGACGAAGAUUCCUAUCGAAUUCGCUUGAAACCGCCCAGAUUAGGUGAGCAUACCGAGAAGACACUACAGGAACUUGGAUUCACAAGCCAAGAGUUGAAGAAAAUGAAAGAGGAAGGGAUUGUAUAA